CGGGAGACCAAUCAGAAAAUAGGACUCACUAUAUCUAUCUCGCCUACUCUUUCCUCUAAAUUCACACCACAAUUGCAGAGCAACGAAACUUUGUUUCUGGGAAGUCAAUCAAUUUGAACACGCGAAGUGUCUGUGAAAUCCUAUCCGCGAAUUGAUGUAAACCACAUUGACUAAUACUACUGUGGGUUUCCUACUCAACCUCAGUAACCUCGUGCCUCGCACGGAAAGCUUCGCUUUCCGGUCAUUGUCACGGCAUGUCGUGCUUUUACAGUCAAGCAUCAAGGCCGAUUUGCCUUGCAAUUGUUGUAGGGUAAAGUACUUCUUAAUCUUUAUCGUGGAGUUUCGAAUUUGUCAGAUUGUAUUCUCACGCAACUAACAGGACACGCGAAUAAGCAGACCUGGAACCGAGGAAAUUACAAACCGGACGUUAUUCAUAGUCUAUGUCAUUCAGAGGUGGGCAAGAAAUUCUCUUUCACCAAAAUCACCUUUUUGGGUUCAAGUAAAUUCAUACAAUUCUGUCGCUAUGGAAACUUCUAAUGGGAUUUAUAGACUUUCGGAGGAGGACCUUAAUCUUUAUCAUGGAGUUUCGAAUUUGUCAGAUUGUAUUCUCACGCAACUAACAGGACACGCGAAUAAGCAGACCUGGAACCGAGGAAAUUACAAACAGGACGUUAUUCAUAGUCUAUGUCAUUCAGAGGUGGGCGAGACGCAGGUCGUUUGGUAUCUGUCAUACGAAAGAGCAAAUAUUAUUUUAACUGUGUUUCAUCAGCUUUAACGUGAUUGUAAUACGUUUACCGCCAGUUUCUACAGCCCUCAAGUCGAUCUCCUUUACAGUUCUGAAAAGGUGUUGAAGAACCUGAGUGACUUUCCAUCAUGUCUGAAUCAGCUGACGUUGCUGUCACAAUUAUACUGACGCUCCUCGCCGUCGUGGAUAUCAUUGGAAACUUUCUUGUUUGUUUCAUCAUUAAAAGGAAUUCUGAAAUGAGGACUCCCAUGAACUACCUCCUUGCCAACCUCGCCAUUUCAGACAUCAUGUUUGCCUGUUUUCAAGCUCCAAACCAUAUUCUGAAAAAAGCCUUCACCCACCCGAAUGGAACUGUUGGAUCAGUGUUAUGUAAAGUGCUCACAUAUGGAAACGUUGCAUGGAUAGGAGCAGCGGCUUCGGCUGUAACACUGGUUGCUAUAGCAGUUGAACGUUACUUUGCCGUGGCGCGUCCCAUUGGUACCCAAAGAAAACUUUCCAAACAAAAAGUGAAGGUAAUCAUUCUUGGAUGUUGGAUCUUUGCAGUGGCUUUAAAUUCACCACUGAUCUCGGUGACGAUAUUCGAUGAAACGACUGGCGAAUGCAAGUGGGAUUGGCCUGAACAGUGGAUGGGUGCGGCAAAUGAGACCACGUGGCUUGUACUGUUGGCCUGUAUUCCUUUAACAAUAAUGACAGGUUUAUACUCAAGGGUUGUGUAUAAAUUAUGGUUUCAACGAAAUGAGGAAAAUGGUCAAACCUGCCGACAAAAGGGAGUAAUUAAGGUGAGAAAACGAGCCACCUUGAGCGUGAUUACUGUCAGUGACAUCUUUGGAAUCUGUUGGAUAACUGGCUUAUUGAUUUAUGUCUUGAGUUACUACGACAUCUCCAUGUUUGGUUCCGCUUCGUACAUCAUUGCUGACACUUUGUUUAUGUUCAAUUCUGCUAUCAACCCGUUUGUUUACUCGUUGCUCAAUCAACGAUUCAGGCAGAAGCUUAGGGGAAUAAUGUGUUGCUUCUCCUUUUCUGCCAACGAGGAUCUUACUCUAAGCGAACCUGGUGAGAUUGCACUUCCUAACAACUCGCCACCUGUGACCAAUUCUUCAGGAGCAUGCAGCAGUUCAACGCUAUCGAUAACCAAAUCCGAAAAGCGGUUCAGCAGUAUUUUAACUCAAAUCUGAGGAUAAAAAUUUUCCAGGCCUCAAACAAUUUUCUUGGAUUUUCAAAAGUAUUUAGACAUAGGAAAAGGAUAUCCAGCAGUAGAAAAAAAAACAUUUUAGUAUCCACCUGCGUACGCUCUAGCAAGUUUAGAAUCAACAGGAAUGGCAGUCUCAAUGCUGUAUUGAUAAAACAGACUUUCGUUGUUGUUAAGCGUGGGUUGAAUUGUGAUGGGACUUAAAAGUAAUGUCAUUUUAUUAGUAUUCUCAGUAACUUUGACUGGAGUGCGUUUUGGCCAGUAAGUAAGUAGCCCAAAGACACUUUUCUGAGUUGACGCCCGCUUUUUCAGAUUUCCAUCAAUACGAAAAGGCGUUUUAGAAUCCACUACUUUGUACUUCAACACUUACGGAGGACAGAAUUGGCCACCAUAGUUUCCUGUAUAUAAAUCAUUCUGUCGUCGUAAUCCAUAGUGUGUUAAAUUACGAUGAAACUGAAAAAUAAAAUACUUCUUUAGUGUC